CGCACCUCGCCCAAUGGUGAUCGAAUGUGUUCAUCGCUCAGAACAAAAAUCCUUAAGAACCUUGGUGCCUUGUGAUCAGAACUUGACAUUCACAUGACUGGGAAAAACAUCUCGAAGAAAGAUUCCUGAAUAAGAAGAUCUUCAUGGUUCCACCAAAAAGUUCAGCAAAAGCAGACCAGUAGCAUGUUAAAGACAAACACGAGGCUUGGAGUAAAUACUUAGAUGUACUUUCGUGUGGAAAGUUGGCAGCAAAUUUGGAAAGGUAGCAAGACUGUGCGGAAAUAAAUUGCAGGUAAAAAUAAAGAAAAUGGAAAAGAAGGAGCAUUUGUAUAAGAUCUUGGUGAUUGGAGACCUUGGUACUGGGAAGACAAGCAUUAUCAAAAGAUAUGUGCACAAUUUCUUUUCAGUCCAUUACAGAGCAACAAUUGGUGUGGAUUUUGCAUUGAAGGUAUUGAACUGGGAUGAAAAUACACUAAUCAGACUCCAGUUGUGGGAUAUUGCUGGCCAAGAAAGAUUUGGUAACAUGACAAGAGUCUAUUAUAAGGAAGCUGUUGGCUGCUUCAUUGCUUUUGAUGUCACAAGGCAGUCAACAUUUGAUGCUGUUGACAAAUGGAAACACGACUUAGACUCAAAGGUUCAACUUGCUAAUGGACAGCCAAUACCAUGUGUGCUCUUAGCAAAUAAGUGUGAUCAACCCAAGGAAGGAAGGGUGAAUAAUGCUUCAAAAAUGGACUCUUACUGUGAAGAAAAAGGUUUCAUUGGAUGGUUCGAGACAUCAGCCAAGGAAGACAUUAAUAUUGAUGAAGGAGCAAGAUUUCUUGUUAAAAAGGUUCUUGAGAACGACAAAGCACACAAUUUUAUUCAGCCCAAUCAAGAUGACGAAAUUCUUCAUUUGAGCUCAAAUCGCUCAUCAAAACAGUCUUCAACUGAAAGAACGGCUGGUUGUUGCUCACGAUAGCUCAAAUUUUAUCGUAAUGGUUUUCUUCGUCGUCAUUCGUAGAUUUAAUCCGAUAUUCUUUAAAAAUUUAUUUUUUAAAAUGUUUAAAUUUUAUCAUUGAAAUCAAUUUUGAAGCCUAUCUGUCAAUAAUGCAAGUUUACAAAACAAUUACUGUAUGAUUCUAACACGAGUCAUCAAAGUCGUGUUUGUUUGAUUCUCAAAAGAGUUUCCAGAUAUUUGUAACGUUUCAAACACGUCUGUCUAAUUUGAAAUUCGGCCACGAUUGAUAUUAGACUGAACAACUGUUCUCUUUAUUAUCUGGGUUGCUGUGAGGACUAACACAAUUUAUUAUUGAUCAUUCCUAAAAGGACUCACUGUGAAACAACAGACCCAGUGAAUGAGCCAGCCCCCCGCCCCCCUAUCUGUCUGGAUGCACCAAUAAGAAUAUAUUCAGUUUUAUUUCACGUGUAUCAAUCUUUUGGUUGAUUUUUAUACUCAGUUGUUUAAUUGGAAUGCAAUUCUAUAACCUUUUGUCGUUUAGAAUCUGUAUCACGAUUCCCAUCUGUAUUACCUACGACCCUUUCUUGUUUCAGCACCUUUUCUCUCAUGCAUCUAUCAAGAUGUUUUUGAUGAUUGUACGUGUACAUAAACUCAGAUCUUGUAUUUAAAAGGCUCAUCAUAUUCAUGAAUACAUUGUGGCUGCAUUGUCUGCCAAAAGUCUUUGAACGCUAUGCUAAAGUUUGGCGUAUUUUCAGGAGUGUCCGCCUCUCCCUUUGAGAAAAUGUUGGAUGUCAACGGUCUCAGAGCUUAGAACGGUCAUAUUGAUUUUUAUCCAGCAAUAUAUAGGGGAGGGGAAAUUUUUGAGUUUCUAAAAACGAUUAUUUACUGCAGGCUGUUCCGAGAGCUUUUGGUAGGGAUUGUACACGCGUGUAGAAGCAGUGUUUAUACCACUAUAAAUUGUAGAUAACAUAGUGGCAUAAUUAUUAUCUAUGAUUAUCAUUUAUUUAAGGUAAUGGGGUGAUGUUAAGGUAUCUAU